AUGGCUACAGUUCAAGACGAGGGUGAAUAUAAUUUGCAGAAGGCAUGGGACAAGGCGUGCACGUCCUUUGCGCAGACAACCAAAGUCGACCUCACUAAAGCGCCGAAAUUCUCUGUGGAUGAGGUCCUUGAUCAAAUUCGCGGGAAGCAAGAUGACGAUGACGAGAAGAACAACAAAUAUAAGGCCGCAAAAGAUGCAAUUGGCAAGACGUUGAAAUUUGUCAUGCUUCUGGGUGGCAUAGCCGCAGAGGGUGCGAGUAUGGUAUUUGCACCUGCCGGCCUCUGCUUUAAUGCAAUUUCAUAUCUAGUUGACGCUGGAGCAAAAUUCAAACGCAUUUUUAGCAGCCUGGCCGAGUUGUUCCGCCGCAUUUCUGACGUGCUAGAACGCUGCAAAAUCUAUCUGCGAUUGCCUGCAGACGCGGUGGACGUCGCCCUCCGCAGGAUUAUCAAUGAGGAGCUUGUUUGUUUUGUCGACAUUUGCGCGUUGUCGAUCAAGGUUCUCAAGGGCCACAAGGUCUUCAUCGCACUCAAGGUAUUUGCCUUCGAUGGCGACGAAGGCGUGAGUGAACAGCUGGCUCGUCUGGCGACACUAGUUGAGCGCGAGUCUCAGAUGCGUGCAACGUUAGGGUUCGAGUCACAAAAGAUGAGCGAGAGAAACAUCAUUGAGAACAGGGAUGGCACAAGAAAAAUCAACAUGACAGUCGAUAAAUUGCUCAACUUUGAGAAGAAGAGAGAUGCAGACACUGCGUCAAAGAAGCUCCUGGGGAGUAUUGACUUCAAUCUGAAUAAUCCUAGCGAGACUUUCAAGCUCGCUCAGACGGCCUUCCGACGCCUCUUGGGUGACCAGGUCCAGGGGAGCGGGGAGUGGCUUCGGAGUGAUCCACUGUAUGUUGAGUGGGCGUCCCCCGAGAACUCGCCAUUCUUAGUUCUUGGUAUCGCCGGAGGCGAGGGAUAUGGCAAAUCGUUCCUCUUUGCAAGCAUUGUCAAAUACCUGCAAGAAGCACAACCUCAAUCUGACAAUGAUAUGAGGUGUAUUUCCACUGCCUACCAUAUCUUUGACGAAGAUAACGAACGAAUAUCUUUGGUCCAAGCCCUCAAGGCCCUUGCGUGGCAGAUCGCCGACCAAGAUAUUGUCUACCGCAAAGAUGUGAGCUCCGUGAAAGCAACUGGCAUCAACGAGAUAGGUAAUCUUUGGGACAUUCUCUUUUCCAAGUCGUACAAGAGUGACUCGACCUUCUUCCUCCUCCUGGAUGGCAUUGAUCAAAUUGAGAAGAGCGAACUCAGGGAGUUUAUCCAAGUGCUAGAGCAUCUACAGGCUGUCUCUGAUACGUGGUCACACUUCAAGCUCCGCAUUGUUAUGACUGGACGAGAUGAUACAAUGAGCAAGGUCGAAAGUCAGCUUGGGGGAGGGAUAUCGACAAUUGAUGUGGCAUCUGAAAACAACGAUGAUGUAGAGAAGUUCAUUAUUGACCGCAUGAAAAAGAUGGAGAUCCUGAGCGGCUCGUCGGAUCAGGUACUCUCUCUUCGGCACGAGAUCUUAGAAAAUUUGAAGACUCAGACUCAUGGCGAUUUCGUCAACAUCGGCCUCCUACUGCAUGAGAUCAGUGGGAAGCAGCGUUCCGGUGAGAUCAGGGACAUCUUAUCCCGCUCGGGAGGCAAGCGAUCUGACGUUAUUGCGAGAAAGUUUGAACUCUUAAACGAGACACUGAACGAAGAAGACAUCUCGGACCUGAAUGUUGUCCUCACAUGGGUUGUAUUUUCCUAUUGGCCACAAAGUCUAGCAGAUCUAGAGGGUGUCCUCUUUAUGAAGGCUGGGGAGUCUUCUCUUCGGCCUCUAGCAGAAAAGAUAACUGACCAAUAUUCCUCACUCCUCGUGAUCAUGGGAGAACCGCAUCCCGCGACCAAGGUCAUCCCAACUACCUCGAAUGUGUUCCUGGUCUCGGACUCAAUAGAGGAAUUCCUACGAGACAAUGAGUCCGAAAAUCCCGAAGACGACCCAGACCUAGAUCUUACUGGCAAUGUCAGCGAAGUUGAAGUUAGGAUUGUCCGUCGGUUCUUGGAGUCGGUCUGCGACCCCAAGCUGUUCUCCAAAUUUGGGUUCGAAGAGUUCUUUCAGCGGAAACUCAAAGGGAAAAAAGGUCUGGUCGGUGUGGACGUCGCCACCGCUCAUUUGAGUAUCCUGUCAACAUGCUUGGAGGUUAUUCACCACGACAAAUGCCCAGAAUUAACAUCUCUUCUCUUUUACGCGUCGUAUUAUUUCAUUGAGCAUCUUCGACAAGCGGACCCUUCACUGACGCAGCCACAGCAAAAGGUAGCUCUUGGUCCGCAGUUAGUCGGCAUGUUUACAGACGAAGAGAUCAUCAGAAAAUGGUGGAAACCAGAUAGUGACUGGUCACGGUCUAAUUGGAUCUACAAGGACGAGUUUGCCGAAGCCGCGUUGAAGUGGCUUCAAGACUCUGCGGUCACUAAAAACCUCUCUAAUGAUCAAUGGAACUGGGUAAAAAGCUUGAGUUCCAAGUCUGAGCCUGACGCAGAUAUUUUGGAGCACGUUGCAAAACUUACUGCUCGUCUCUGGUUGAAAUCGGGUAUUAGUGGAUACGAUCUUAAGAGCUGUUUCGCUAUAAUUCAUGGAUAUAUUACCAAGAUUGAAAAUCGCAAAAACCCCCGGAUCCAAAGGUCAACCAAUGACCCGGAACCUGAAAGUCUUGAUGUCUCCCAAGUUCUCGAUGCCGCUGAAUGGGCUCGACAGCAGCUUGGACUGGAUUGCCUAGGAUACUACGAGACCCGCAACCUAGCCUGCACAUUCAGAGAGUACAAGAAAUAUGCUGAGUCGAUUGAAUAUUUCAAACUCUCAUGCUCGCUCCGGGAGUACAACUGGCUCUCGAAAUGGGGUCUUGCGAGCUCGUAUGCCUACCAGAAAGAAUUCGCGCUUGCAAUUGAGCAAAUAAAGGCCGCAAAAAACACAAUCAAGUGUGCCGAGACGCGCGAUGAUGAUCAUGAGUUGGUAGGAAUGGACCGCGAUAUGGCCAGGUACAACGAGGAGUUGGGUAAUAGCAAAGAAUCAUUUGCUAUAUAUGAGGAGAUGCUGCGGAAUGACCCGAAUGACUCCUACGCGGCGUUCGAGAUAACGAUAUACUUCCACAAAAGCAACAACUCCGAGGGCCUGCUCAGAUUCCUGGAUUCACUCAAGGCCUCAAUAGACGAUUCAACCGGUCUAGAUAGGCGAACGUGGAUGUUCCAUGAGCUCUACUCCAGUGAUGCGUAUCACGAGGCAAUGCGCGCUCUGGUGUCUGAUAGCAAGUCCUUUGAUGCUAUCUUUGAAAGCUAUCAGGUAGCCAUUGUUGGCGCUAAAGAGCAGCGCGCCAAGGCGACCAAUACGGGCGACACCGACAAAGAAAUACUCCAUGGGGCAUGUUACGCGUUCCUCAUGCAUAACCUGGCGACACUUUGCUACGAUAACAGCUUUGAUAAUUUUGAGCGGAGGGAAUUCGCUAUCGAACAGUGGGUACGCAUCCUACAGAUUGAUGGAACCCCCAGUGAGAUGUUCGUCUCAUACACGAAAGGCUUAGUCCGUAUAAAGCUCGCAAACGUAUUUUUCCGUGAAGCGAUGCGAGACGCAAACACCGCGUCUAGCUAUCUAGAGCAGUUGGACCAGCUGUGUUCAUAUCAGCCCACAGAUAUUGACGAUGGACGCCCUGAUAUCUAUGCAAGAGAACUCAUCGCACGAUAUCACGCGCUUCAAGGCGACGAAAAAAAGGCCAAAAAUACCCUGCGCGUUUACAUCAAGCGCAAUAUCGACAUUCUCUCUGACGAUGAUCCGUCGAAUGACUGGCAGGGUUACCAGGGCUUGGCGAGAUAUCUCAUGUUUGCGGGCCAGGACAUAGACUGCCUCGCUGCUUGGUCGUUGAUUGUUCCACAUGGCGAUCCGGAGAUCGAAUCAGAUUCCCUGGAGACCGAUACAGCAUUGCAGGAACGCGAAGGGCCCUUGUGGGAUCAUUGUAAUGGCUGCGGUGAUCAUUUCACGUACGCAGAUGAUAUUUAUGUAUGCAGAGAAUGCGAACAUACCGGGUUUACCGAGCCCUGUUACACCAAGCUACGCGAAGGAACUCUCAAGAAAAGAGUCUGUGACAAGGAUCACGAAGUGCUGCAUGUGCCACCAUAUGAUGCUGCCGAGCGCCGGAGAAUUGGCGAGAGCAAUGUCUUAGUUGGCGAGGAGAUCAUCCCGGUUACCAAGUGGCUCCAAGAACUCAAGGAAAAGUGGGAUAUUUAUUCGUAA